UCAUCAAGAGUCUUCUACAACGUAACAUCAGAAGCAUAAGUAUAUAGAUGCUGAGUGUGUACAGCUUAAAUAACCCUUUGAUGAUAGAAUAUGUGUGUUUUGGUUUAUAGAUCUAAUACAGCGGUCAGUAAUUCUUUAACUAUAUAUUUGAGAUGAGUAGCAGUAUGAAAACCUCGAUGCUUAAGCAUUGGAGGAAUAGUAGCAUCUCUCUUGGCCGCAGCGGAAGCAAAAGAGAAAAAGGCGAGAAUAAGACUGCAAGGAGACGGUCCACCCAGAUCGUUGUAUCCCCUCUCAGCACGAUCGAGCCUCCCGAGGCGCCUUCAGAAGUGAUGGAUAGUACGGCAACCAUGAGUGAGGCCACGCCCCCGUCAAAGGGAAUUAGCCUCCACGUAACAGUAUACAUUGCGCCUGAGAACGUCGGAAGGUUUUUAGUUGCAUUCAAAACUAUAUUCGACGUUGUGGCUGCCGAGCCCGAAUGUCUUUUCUUCGAAGUGUUUAAGUCCGUGGAAGAGCCAGGGAAGUUAAGCUGGAUAGAAAACUGGUCAAAAGAUAUACAAUGGUUCCUACAGGUCAGUCUCCGUUGUCUUACCCCCGAGUCGUUGAAUGGGACGAAUAAGAAUCAAACCUAA